ACUUGGGUCACUUCAAAGCUUCAACCAUUGUACACAGCUCUAUGCAUCUGCUGUAACAGCUGUCGAGCUGAAGAUGGCGAGCGCGCAAAGCAAUGGUCCAUCAUCGUCGUCAAAGGCAAAGCCGUGCGGAAGCGCCACGGGCAACACCGCUUAUUGCUCACACGCUUCUUCAUCAACAUCACCAGCCACGGAGAGCAGCUAUGUCCGAGAAGAAGAUACCUGGCUCGACCUCGCAUCUGCGCACGGUACACCUGUGUACAUCACAGUCUGGGACCUCCUCCCUGAGUCUCGCUGGUCCUCGCUCUCGCGCACGUAUCUCGGCGUAGGAGUGUUCCACACUAACGUUUGGCUGCCCGACCUCGAAUGCGAGUAUGCAUUCGGCGGCCACGACGUCCCUGGCGUCACGGGCGUAUUUGCGCUUCCCUGUAGAGGGAUCAAGUAUGGCUUGAGGAGUGAAGGUGAAUCGAAGCAAGCGCAUGCAUUACCACGCGCCGAAGGGGCCGUCAAUGACAAUGGUGACAAGGAGAAGCGGUUGACAAUGCAGGCAAUAUCGCAUUCGUCUUGCAAACCGUUAAAAACACAAGAGGGCGAGCUGAUAGAUGGUCUGACCCAUCGCUACGCCCGGCCCAAGGAAGUACCGGCGCCUGGCCCGCCGCCGUUUCCUGGGUGUCGCUAUCUCGGCGCGUACUUCAUGGGCUACUCCGCUGCUCCCUCCUUCCAACGAGCAUCGGAUCCCUCCUCUGCUUCUAGUGCUGCCGCGGAGGACACGGCAAAGAAGAUCCGAUUCGGCCGAGGAACGCUUCUAGAGGGCAUGGGCGAAAAUGGCAAGUGGGUCGCACCGACGAGCGGUGCAGCCGCGUUCAAAGAGCCGGACAUAUUUGUUCCACCGACGCUGCGCCGCCGUGCUUCGCAAGCAGCAGCAGCAGUAUCAGCUGCAAAACGCUCUGGAUGGCUACCAAGCUUUCUCGAUCUGCACUACAGCUCGUCCGCUUCGUCUGCGUCAUCGCGUAGCAAUACUCCGGCGCCUUUUGCACACCCGUCGUACGUCACGAUGCCCACGUCGACGAGCACGUCGCGGCCUCCCUCGUCCGUGUCCACACACGCGCCAGACAUGCCGCCUCAGGACAGCACGCACCCUCGCCCACUCCCACGGCAUCCGCGGCGAUCCGCCCUCCGAGCACGCUCGCUGUUGCACGUACACCAAUCCCUCGCGUUUCUCAAGUCCUCGUCGUUAUUCCACGGACUCUCAUACGAUUUGCUGACGAACAACUGCAACCACUUCACCGAGACGUUCCUGGAGCUGCUUCUGCGCCCAGACUCACCCCUAUCAACAUCGACAUCUCCAUCGUCGCCGGAAACGCACCCGCCGCCGCUUCUGCCCGCUUGGAUCAACCGCGCUGCGUGGCUCGGCGCCGAGGCGCAACGCCUCGUCCCGCUUGAGACGCUCGAAAGGGCCGUCUUCAAGGUCGCCGGCGUGGAGAACACAGAUGCGCCUGGUGCUAGCGCCGCGUGGAUAGAAAGCGGAGAUCAUCAGGGCGAAGACGAGACCGGUUGCCGCUCGCACGAUACAAGGGCUGGAACGACACGAACACGCGACCAGCACGAUCACCUCGCCUUUCAGUCACAACACGUCCACUCUUCGCUCGCGCAGGUCGCGGAGAAUUUGCAUAAGGAAGAGCGCGCUGCUGCAUUGCAUCGCGCAUGAAAGGCGAACUUUUCGAUGUCUUCUUCUCACCAAGCUCUAGCUCGUUCUUGCAACUUGUUAUCGCUCGCAGUAUUUCUAUUUUGCCUCUCCGCAUU